UAACAUUAUAAAGGAAAAAAAUAAGACAGCAUCGCUUUCUCGCUGUUUGGAUCUGCUGUCUUGACAAGCUUUUGUUAGCCCAAAAAAUACGGAGCGCCGAACGAGAUGAGGACCUAGACGCUUUUAUUGGAGAGCAGUUUUUUUUUUUUUACCUUAUCUAUUAAAGAGAAAAAAUAUAUACACACGUACAUAUAUAUCCAUAUAGGCUUUAUAUACAUAUACAGAGAUAUAUAGGCUAUAUUCUAUACAGUACAGGUGAAAAAAAAUGAAACUUUUGUUUUUUUGGACUUGGUUGCCAUGCCUCUUGGUGUUCAGCUUGUGUCUGGGCUGCGAGUGCGGCGCUCUGAGAAGGACAGGAAGGUCUAAGAGAGACUUGGUGCGCGCAAGAGAGGCUGCUGGUGGAGUCUCGCCCGGAGCGUGCGGCACGCGGCUGCCGCGGGGCAAGCGCUCUGUAUCCGGAACGCGUUCCGCUCGGCCGGGGGAGAGCGCGGGCGCAGCGCUGCGCCGCAACAGCGUCUACUUCAGCGGCAGAGGAGAUCAGCUGCGGCUUAAACCCAGCAUGGAGGUUCCGCGGGGUAAUUUUACCCUGGAGAUGUGGAUAAAACCUGAGGGUGGUCAACGCUCUCCAAGUGUGAUCGCAGGGCUCUAUGACAAAUGCUUCUACGCAUCCUGUGAUCGAGGCUGGUUACUCGGCAUCAAACCAGUGAGCGAUCAAGGAAACAGGGACCCUCGCUUCUUCUUCUCACUCAAAACAGACCGAGCACACAAAGUUACCACAAUCACCUCCAAUGCUCCCUACUCCCACAACCACUGGCACCAUCUGGCUGUCACCUACAAUGGCCUCCACAUGAAGCUUUACCUGAAUGGGGCUCAAGUUGCUGUAAGCCGGGAGCAGUCCGGGGAAGUGUUUAGCCCUCUCACCAAAAAAUGCAAGGUGUUAAUGGUAGGUGGAAAUGCUCUUAAUCACAACUAUAGAGGGACACUGGAGUACCUGAGCCUUUGGAAAGAAGCACUGGGCCAGCACAAGAUCAUUCAAUACAUGCAGAGCCCACUACAUGAUUACCACAAUGACCUUUCCCAACUGAUCAUUUACGAGAAUUUUGAAAAUCCAUCUCGGAAGUGGCUGACAGUGAAAGACGGGAGCUUUCCCCAGAUGGCGAUUUCUGACCGCACGUUGACAGCUAACCUUGGUGUCUCUGUGGAAACUGCAUUGGUUCCUCCACCAUGUGGACAGAUGAUCUGUGACAAUGUGGAAGUUGUGACAAACUACAAUCGAUUAUGGACCUUCCGCAAGCCUAAGACGGUGCGAUACCGCUUGGUGAACGUGUACGAUGAUGACGGACGCUGGCCAACAGUUACAGAGCACCAGAUCAACCUCCAGCACCAACAUCUAAACAAAGCUUUCCGCAUCUACAACAUUACCUGGGAGCACACCGUGCACAAUGUCUACAACUCGUCCCUGCGAAACCGCCUGGUCCUGGCUAACUGUGAUAUCAGCAAAGUGGGUGAUGAGGAGUGUGACCCAGAAUGCAACCACACACUUACUGGUUUUGAUGCAGGCUACUGUAGGAGGCAAACCAUCAUCUGUGCUGAGCACAAAAUCGGGAACAAAGUCUGUGAUCUUGAGUGUAACUUGGAUCAUUUCAACUAUGACCAGGGUGACUGCUGUGACCCCAACAUUACAGAUGUCACCAAAACCUGCUUUAAUCCAGCAUCACGCUACAGGGCCUACAUGGAUGUGAAAGAGUUGAAAGAGAUUUUGCGCCUGGAUGGCUCCACACACCUUAACAUCUUUUUUGCCAUCGCCACAGAUGAAGACUUAGCAGGCGAAGCAACAUGGCCUUGGGAUAAAGAUGCCUUAACACAUUCAGGUGGGAUUGUGCUGAAUCCCUUGUUCUAUGGCACGUUUGGACAUACCCACACUAUGAUCCAUGAGAUCGGCCACAGCCUUGGACUGUACCAUGUCUUCAGGGGGAUUUCGGAAAUCGAGUCAUGCAACGAUGCCUGUCUGGAGACAGAACCCUCAUUGGAGACUGGGGACCUGUGUGCGGAUACAAACCCCACACCAAAGUACAAGUACUGCAGAGACCCAGAUCAUGGAAAUGACACAUGUGGCCAGCGGCUCUUCAAGCACACUCCAUUUAGAAAUUAUAUGAGUUAUGCUGAUGAUGUCUGCACAAAUUCCUUUACAAUGAACCAGGUGGCUCGGAUGCACUGCUAUUUAGAUCUGAUCUACCAAUCAUGGAGGACUGAGACGAAGCCAGCUCCAGUUCCUCUAGCCCCUCGACUGAUGGAGCAAGGGCAAGACUCUCUCACACUGGAGUGGUUCCCUGUACUCACUGGUCAUUACUUUGACAGAGAAGUGGGAUCCUUAUGUGACAAAUGCACUGAAGGAAGAGUGUUUCUCCAGUAUGCCUCAAACUCAUCUUCCCCAAAACCCUGCGUUCCAUCUGGACACUGGAGCCCACGUGAGGCAGAGGGUCCACCAGACGUGGAGCAGGUGUGUGAACCCAGUGUGCGUACCUGGAGUCCCCAUGCUGGACUGGACUCCAGAAGUGUGGGUUCAGCUUCGUGCCCUCCUCAAGGCUGCAUGCUCCAACUGAACUUCACCUAUCCACUCGUGCCAGAUUCUCUUACUGUCUGGGUCACUUUCUUCUCAGCAGACGAGAGUGACCUGGCUGCCAUCCACAACAUCCUGCUACUGACAAUGAGUGGCAGCAAUGUGUCCUUGGGUCCACAGAGCAUCUUUUGCGACAUGCCGCUGACACUGAAGCUGUCUGUGAAUGAGCAAGUAUAUGGUGUUCAGUUCUUCACUAUGGAUCAGCACCUGGAGAUCGAUGCCACAAUGAUGGCCUCCAAACCAGGACAUGCACUCUGUCAGGCAUGCCAACCCCUGCGUUAUAGGCUGACUCGGAACCCACCUUUCAGUCACGCGCCUCAAGGAGUGGUGCUCAUUGAGCCUUCAAGGAGAUUUAUAGACAGGGACAUACAGUCUGGUGAGACGUAUACAUACCAGGUGCUGACUGUUUCCAAGAAUGCGGAAAGUGAGCCAUCUCCUGCUCUUGUACAUAAGCUGGGUUCACCGUACUGUGGAGAUGGACUCAUUCAACAUUUUCUAGGGGAGCAGUGUGAUGACAUGAACUUUGCCAAUGGAGAUGGCUGUUCCAAUCAGUGCAAAAAGGAACCUUUUUUCAACUGUGUUGAUGAGCCAAGUCUUUGCUACUUUUAUGAUGGCGAUGGCCUUUGUGAGGACUUUGAGCGGGAAACAAGCGUGAGAGAUUGUGGGCUCUACACACCCAGUGGUUUCCUGGACCAGUGGGCCACAGGGGUGGAGGUUUCCAAUGAGCACAGAGUACAUUGCCCUGCAGAGGUGGCUGCUGGGUACCCUGCUGUGACAAAGAGCUGUCUCUCGAAGGUGUUUGACUUGUCUGAUGGUGGGGUAUCUCAGUACGCCUGGUUUCCGUGCGAGGAAUCACAUCGCCACAGCUGGAAUACCCAGUACAGAUUAAAGGCGUAUUAUUCUCACCCAAUGGUUGCUGCUGCUGUCAUUAUACACCUGGCUGCAGAUGGGACCAUCUACAGUGAUCAGUCCCAGACCAAUGUCACAGUCCAGCUGCUGGACACCAAGGAGCAGCUCCACAAUCUCGGUGAAUGGCGGCUGAGUUGCAGGAACAACCCUCUAGUGAUCCCUGUGAUUCAUGACCUAAGCAUUGCUUUCUACAGAACCAAAGCUAUUGUGGUGAGCUUUCGCUCAUCCCUGGUGGCCAUUUCUGGAAUUGGGCUGCGUUCCUUUCAGUAUUUUGACCCCAUCACAAUUAGUGGCUGCCAAAGCAAUGAGAUCUACAACCCCAUGGGUCAAAGUUGUGUACACUACUCAUGCGAUGCCAUCGACUGUCUCAAGCCUAUGGUACACAACGCAGAAAUGAAGUGCAGCAGUCCAGGUUAUUUCAACGGUGUCCGCUGUACCGUCACCUGCAACCGUGGAUACACUCUCAAAAUCCACAGAGAUGACGAAAUUAUCAAAACGCAGUUGGACUCUAUGGCCACCCUGACUUGUGCUGAUGGGAAAUGGAACAAACAGGUGUCCUGUGAACCAGUGGAUUGUGGACGCCCAGACAAGUACCAUGUACACCCAGCUAAUUUCAGCUUCACUCAAGGCACCACCUAUGGCAAGAAGUGUACUUUCCAGUGUAUGCACCCAGCCCAGUUAAUAGGCAGCAAUAACGUGUUGACAUGUAUGGAGGAUGGCAUGUGGUCCUUCCCAGAGGCUAUGUGUGAGCUGCGCUGUCCCAUGCCUCCUUCCAUCCCCAAUGCUAUUCUGCAAACUAAACGCUGCAAUGCCAGUGGCCUCAAAAUCGGCUCUUUCUGCAAGUACAAGUGCAAACCGGGCUACCAUGUGCCUAGUGCUGACAACCCCAAAAGACGCUCAUUUACGCGACAGUGUACAGAGAACGGUACCUGGCAACUGGGCAUGUGUGUGCCAGUGACGUGCGAGCCACCACCACCAGUCUUUCACGGCAGCUACCAGUGUACUAACGGUUUCCAGUUCAAUAGUGAAUGCUGGAUGAGCUGUCCCGAGGCCAAACGCAUGACAUCCUCCACCACUGUGAUCCGGUGUAGAAAGGACGGGAACUGGACUGGUUCAUUCCAGCUUUGUCCCCAGCUAAAAGGCCAUUGCUCCCUCCCUCAGAACCUGAGCCCAGACAUCAACCUCAGCUGCAGCAGGGGGCAUGGCAUCGGGGAGCAGUGUGAGCUGACGUGCAGAGACGCUGGUAGCAGUGUGGUGCUCCUUCCCAGGAAUUUAUCUGUGAAUGCCUUAGUGAAAGAUCACUGGAGAAACCCCAAGAGAAUUAAGAGUAUUGUAUGCACAAUUGUGCUGAAGUGGUAUCCAAGCCCAGACAUUCUCCAUUGCAUAAAAGGUUGUGAGCCGUUCAUGGGUGACAACUACUGCGAUGCCAUCAACAACCGAGCGUUCUGUAACUACGAUGGUGGAGACUGCUGUCAUUCCACUGUCAAAACUAAAACGGUGAUUCCAUUCCCCAUGUCUUGUGACACCAAAGAAGACUGUGCAUGUCGAGACCCUAAUGCACAGGAAAACAAUAAAGGGAUUCGACACCGUACGCUGGGCUGAGGCUGGGCCACUGGAGGUCUGCCGGUACCCAAACGGGGAAAAAAACAAUAAAACAAAAAACCUUUCUCUCUCCAUGCUGCUUACUAGAGGGCCAUUCCACUCAUGCUGCACCCUGACAUGCCUGCCGAUGAGCCCCUGCCCACUAUGGUAUGCCGCUUAACAACCAAAACAACACACUACAAUAUAAAAUGCUAAAUAGGGUUCAGUUGUGGAUGGAAAGUAACGCAUUUUAGGAACAAGCUCAAUAAAAACAAACAAACCAGAAAGAUCAUCAGUACAAGCUGGACACAAGCCCAAACUUGACAGUUUUAUUGUUUUCUAUUCCAUAAUCAUUUUAUGUAUGGCACAAUUGCAGCAAAAUAGAAUGCAGAAGAGAGAAAAUAGGUUCAUGCUUUCAUUGUUUUGUUUUGUUUUUAAGAGAAUCCAUUUCUUAUUAAUAUGGCCAACAGGAAGCAGGAAAAUAAUGACAAGUAAAGCUUGCAGUCUUGAAAAUUCCAAAGAUGACACUUCUGAGCAAUUGAUUUAGCUAUUCAUAAAAAAAAAAAAAAAAAUUCUCCCACCCACAUCUAUAAAUUGUCCACUGAUAGGUUUAACAACAAAUGGUCUGCUACAGCAUAGGACAAGUCCAAUCCUCUUUAAAGGAGACUAGCACUUCCGAGGCAUUUUGACAAGAGGGUUUCAAGAGCCAAAAGCAGCACUGAACUGUGCAAAACAUAGGAAACAUGACGAUGUCUCUCCAUGAUGCAUCGGACGAUGUUACAGGGAAGCAAUAAAUCAGCGAAAAGAAAACCUGUAAAUCAGCAAGAAAUGUACACACCUGAAUCUUAAGAGUAAUAAUUCUUUUUUUAUUAUUUGUUUGAAGGAAUGGGUUUGUUUAAAGAGACAUUCAUUCCGUAAAACCAGUUCUAGAGGUGUGUAAUUGAGACCAAGAGAUCAAGAGAAGGGAGAUAAAAACAGAAAUCAUGGCUGAUGGUGCUAGAUUUCUUGCUUGAGAUCUCUCUACAGAGUGUGUACAAGGUGUAAAACCAAUUUUACCUCCUCCUGCCAUAAUCAAGCUAUUAAACACAGAUUUAUUCUUACUGUAUUUAUCAGACAGCAGGAUUACAUAUUACAUAUAAGAUUUAUAUAUGCAUUAUAUCUUACAUCUAGGAUUUUUAACUAUAUUUAAUAUAUUUGGCCUUAUAACAUAUUGUUUUUAACAAAAUCUUACACAAUAAUAGCGUACUGUCACACCAAGCAUAACAUACGAAACUAGAAAUUUAAAGGUGCAUAAAAAGUUUUGUCUGAGAGAUACGCUGCUAUGAGACCUGCUGACUGAUAGUAUUGUGCUGAGGUAGAUGCAAUAUGCAUAUCCUUUAUUUGACUUUAGCUAGAGUUGCAGCGUAUUUGAGCGUUAUUUGACUAAACCAGUUCAAAAGUUAUACGGUAUUCAAUAACAAUUAUUGACAUCCGUUGUCAUUAUGCCACCCUGACUACAGUAUUCCAACUAAUUUGACAGCUCUAUGAAGUAAACUUUAGACAGAAUCACAAUCAAAUGUAUCACAGUUGACCGGUAAAAUACAAGCAAUGUCAUGCAGAUGCUCCAUAAAUCUCUAUUUUCAGGUAACCAGAAUGGCCAUAAGUAUGAACCUGGUUAGGGAAGGUCAAAAAAUACCCUAAAUACACUCAGCAGUAGGUAUUAUCACAAAUUAUAAUGGCAGUUAGUCCACUUAAAAGUGAUUUUUGCUAGAUUUUAGGAGUAAACAUUAUACAGUUACUUAUUUGUAAGCAUGUACAAUUAAUUUAUUCAAUCAUUUGUCUUUAUUAACCACUUUAUUCUAAUCAGGCUUGUGAUGGAUCUGGAGCCUGUCCUGGAAAUGUGACAAAACUACACCAUGUAUAUAUAGUAUACCAGUCUAUUCCAUAGAAUACUUUAUCAUAGACAGUCCACAAGUUAUGUUUUUAGAAGAUAUAAGGACACCAGAUAACCCCAGUGGAAACCAUACGGACAUGGAGGAAAGAACUCCAAACAGACAGUAGCUGUCAUUCCUGAAGCCUGUUUUAUCUUCCAGAGUGACAUACUGUCGCAAAAACAUGGUACCAAUUUGUACAAGAUUUAUUCUAGAUGUUCUAUUUGUAUCUCUGCAAUAUUGAGCGCAAAAAAAACCCCCAAAAAUCAAAAAUAAAAACAACUGGUCAUAGUUCUCCUGUUAGCAUCAGAGAUUUUUUGUAGUCAAUAGCAAAUUAAGUCAAAAGUCAAGUCUUUGCAGUUUGUGUCUACGCAUUAAAACAAUUGAGAAAAAAAAAGGGUUGUAACGUAUAGUCUAAAUUUGAAAGUACUCCUAGUACUGUAUAUAAUCAGUAUACAGUGUAUAUAUAGAUCAAUGUUCAUUCCUAUGAGUUCAGAAACUAAUUUCAGGGUUUAAUCACAUCUUUUUGAAGCGAUCAAAUGCCAUUAAAGGGUUAUAUUUCAAAUAUUUAGUAGACUGGCCUGUGCCUGCAUUUUAAAGUAAUAUCUUGUAGUGCUACAUGCCCCUUCUAUCCAUCCGUGUGCACAGUCACAAUAUGACCUCAUCCAGCUGCCGAAUGGCACAGAGACAUUUAUCUUGCACAGCGUCCAUGAACCUUGCCCCCCCCCAACACACACACACACACGCGAACACACUGCGGCUUCCUCUUGUGCAUCUGUUACUGAUAAUGUGGGAACAGCAGUAGAUGUUGAUACAUAGCUGCGUAAAUGCAGGACUGCACAUUCAGCACAGACUGGCUGUGUCAGUUCAGCACAUGAUCUCGGCAAAUACGUUUUUAUGGAAAUAUCUGGAAGUAACUGUGACAACAGAAAUAAAUGGGAUAGAUUGUCUUGGGAUCGAUGUAGUUUGUAGGAAAUUUUUAUUAUGUCUUUGGAUUCGGUGGUGCAUUCUUAAACUGUAUCAUUAAAAUUCUGUACUGUUUUUUUUUUAAGCAUUGACCUCAGUUACUGCACUUGUCCUUGUAAAGUUGUUUGUCAAUGAUUAAAAAAGCUUACGAAAAAAAAAAAAAAGAUAUAUUUAACAUACAAAGGCUGCUAUGGUCAGACAGGUAAACUGUACGUGAACUAAAAUUCGUAGAGUAGUCCAUCAAAAUGUAAUUCUUUUUGGUCCUUUUUUUAUAUAAAUAUUACCACCGAAAUGUAAAGGAAAAAAAAAAAACGUAAGAAAAAAAACACUUCAGCUUUAUCCCCACUACAGCUAACCUAUAGAACAACCCUAGCACUGGUAGAAACCGCAUGGUAAUAAAAAGAGUGAAAAGACCAUGUAGGUAGGGCAGUAGAGUAGUGAGCUACUUUUUUAGCAUUCAAACUGUUCUCAAUUUAUCAGUAUACCAUGCGAUAUUAAAGUCUUUAUAAAUGUGUUUAUCCUCAGUGUUAGACUGUAUGCUAUUGAACGUAAUACAAAAAUACUGCUGCUUUAUUUAUAUAUAUAUAUAUAUAUAUAUAUAUAUACAUACAUACAUACAAACAUACAUACAUAUAUAUAUAUAUAAAAUGUAUCACUUGGAGAGAGUGCCUAGGACAAAUGCCAGUUCCCAUGUAUCUUCACGAAGCAGUAUCAAAACCGGGUUGCACAUCACACUUCUGUUCUUUUUUGCAGUAAAUGUUUGCUUUUAUUUUCUGCCAAAAAAGAUAUGUAUAGCUUGUAUUUUUAUUUUUCUUUAAAGCCAUAAAAGUCUACAUUGAAACAAGUGAAGCCUGAUGUAAAUGUCUGAAGAGAAACCAUUUUCUACUGUAAAGUCAACAGGAUCCUUUUGCUGUACCUCAUGCUUGGAAUGUUUGCUGCUUCUACUUAUUCAGUAUUUGAGUAAUUUAAGUCACUUAGCAAUAUACAAUGUUGUAAAUAAUAUAAUUAUUUAUUAAGAAUGUGGUUGCUUUUUUUUAAUUUAUAUUUACACAGUGUUCAUUUAAGUUAUUUUUGUAUGUCUCUGAUGUAAACAUUACUUGGUGUUAUUAAAAGUUUGUGAGUUUCCCCCUCUUCCACUUUUUCACUCUCUCUCUCUCUCUCUCUCUCUCUCUCUCUCUCUCUCACUCUAUCUCUCUCUCCGUCAGUUUUAAACAGACUGAAGGAAUGACCCGUCUCGACAGAAAUGUUGCUCGUCUUUAAGUAAAAUGUUAUAGAAAUGUCAGAUGGGAAAAGCUGCACAAAGCUCCCCUUUUGCGCCAUUGAAGUCUCGACCUGUUUUAAAUUCAACGUGCGUAUUCAAUUGGGGGGGGAAUAUUCGAGGGCGCGUCGGUUUCCUGUGGCCGCUUUACAGACAUCCACUUUGAAAAGAUCAGGGACUGAAGGUUUUCAUGUGAUUUAAUGUAAAUUCUUGAAAACACACGAGAAAAGCAGAGGAAGGCUGAAGGCGGAUUAGCAGAUGAUAUUUGGCUGCAUAUAGACCUAGACAAGCCCUUGUGCAGUUUCCCAGAGUGAAUCGAACCUCUAACAAUCAUUGGACUGAAUUUUAUGCCUUUCUUUUUUUCCCAGAUUAGGUUAUCGAUAUAUUUUAGGUUUUAUUUAUUGAAAUUUUAAGUAUGCGUUCUAACAGUUUUAACAGUACCAAAAGUAAGGACAUAGUAACUUGGGGUGUCUUUAAGGCCAUUUAAGGCAUUAAACCAAUUAUCAAUUAUGUUCAUUUGUCUUUACUGUUGGUUAAAAACGUGAAGAGCACAUAUAAAAAAUUAUGUCAUUCAAACGCACUCCACAGAUUAGUAUCCAAAGACUCUCAAAUAAUUAAUGCUAAAAGUCUGCUUUGAGCUCAUGUUCUCAUAACUUCAAAUAACAAUAGAUUAGGUGAUGUCCACAUAUUGAUAUUUCUAUAUUUAAAAUUAUUUAACAAAAUGACAGAUUUUAAAAUGUAACAGUCAAACCAACAUGUUUACAUCAAUCAAGAGGAAAUACUUCAUGCCCUUGUGUUCAACAUCAUGUAUGCAAAAUCUUAUAAUAAAAUUUUUUUAUUUAAGAUUUUUUUUAAGGAUUUAAAAAAAUCUAUAUGCAGUAUAUUACAAAAGUGAGUAUACCCUUCACAUUACAGCAACCGGUUUAUUAUAUGUUUUCAAAGGAAGAAUACUAUAGAAAUGAAACAGAUAUAUUUUAGAGCAGUCAAUGUGCAGCUUUAUAGCAGUACAGGUUUACACAGCCCUUAUUGUCUAAAUAGCUGGCAAAAAAAGUGAGUACACCCUAAGUGAACGUUAAAACUGUGUCCAAAGUGUCAAUAUUUUGUGAGUACCAUUGAUAUCUAGCACUGCCUUAAUCCUUCUGGGCAUGGAAUUCUGGGAUCAUUUUCCACUUUUUAUUUUAGAUGAUGGAAUCCAUGUUACACUCAAUUAACUGCAGCUCCCCAGUAACCAGCAGCACUCAUGCAGCCCCAGACCAUGAUGCUAUCACCACCAUGCGUGACUGUAGGCAAGACAGUUUUCUUGGUUCUCCUCACCAGGGUGUCGCCACACAUGCUGGACACCAUCUGGGCCAAACAAGUUUAUCUUAGUCUCAUCAGACCACAAGACAUGGUUCCAGUAAUUCAUGGUCUUGGACAGGUGUUCAGCAAACUGUCUGUGGGCUUUCUUGUGAGGCAGCUUUAGAAGACACUUCCGGCCAUGCAGACCGACUUGUUACAGUGUAGGCGUAUGGUCUGAGCACUGACAAGCGGACCUUCCACUUCUGCAGCAAUUAUCCAACCUCUAAAGCAAUUAUGGCAGAACUUAUAAUAACUCGCAUAAUUUUUUUUGUAGAUUCUGCACCUGACACACAGUACAAGGACUCAACGUCUUUGAUGGGCCCUUGCGAGGUCUGUUCAGCGUGGAACCCUUCUUUAAAAACCUCUGUAUGACCCUGACCACUGUAAUGUAACUCAGUUUCAGGGUGUUACUG